AUGGCACUGAGAGGGCCAGCAUUAUGGCUGCUGCUGGCCACGAAUGUCCACCCAGCUGCUGGACGUGAUAUAUCCAUCACUCCAAGCUCGAUAUCCGCAAAGACGGAGACCCAGAUCAGCUUCACAGGUGCCAAAAAUGGUGACAAAGUGUUCUUCACCAAGUCAGAAUGCUCUGCUGUGACAGAUGCUGAUGCUGCUGUGAUCCGGAAUGGCAGGGCAGCAGUCACAGUUGCAGAGGAGUCAUCUGGCCUGCGUCUCUGCCUGAAGCCUACAGGCGGUGCCAUCGCCGAGCAGGCCGGAGUCAGCCUGAAUGUGAUCAAGCCCACGUCCUCCUCAGUCGUGGAGUCCGUCAGUCGGAGCUCAAUCACAAGAGGAGUCACGACAUCGGUGACCCUCAAAGGAGCUGAAGCCAAUUCAAAGGCAAUAUUUGUUCCUGUAGACAAGGAGUGCAAGGAAGCUUCUCCAAAAGCUGUCCUGAGUGCAGAGGGGAAAGGCUCAUUUACGAUCCCUUCUACAGGCAAGACAGGUGAGUACAAACUUUGCUACCAGUCUCCCGGUGGGAGCGAUUCGGUGCAGCAGACAGCUGCUGCCGGCGUCGUGAAACUGCAGGUUUUAGAGUCGGCAACGACCAGCCAAGACGAAAUCACAGGUCUCUCUCCUCGCAUGGUUACCGUGAACGUGCCCACGGUCAUUUCCUUCACUGGUGCUGCGCCAGGUGACAAAGCAGCUUUCGUGCACUCUGCAUCUUCGGAUUGCGCGGCCAUAUCUCCUGAGAAAGAUGUUGGUGCUGGACAUGCAAUGUUCACAAUCACCACAGCAGGUGACUACACCUUGUGCUACCGCUCGGCGGGUGCACAAGAUUCUGUUGCCCAGAGCGGGGAUGGAGUGAAGCUAAAGGUUAAAGCACCUGGCGUCACUAAAGAGAUGGUUGGGCGUUGGCAAAGCAAGGACGGACAAUUGGACUGCACCUCUCUGACCUAUGUGCCCUACUGUGGCGUCUCCCAAGAAGAGAAGUGCAGCCGCACCUACAUGGUUCAGUCUGGCAUCGGCUACAAAUGCAGUUGGAACGUUGAAGUGUGGCCUCCAAAGUGCAUGGUGGAGUCUUCAGCGGACACCGCAAAAAUCUGCACUUCGGGAAAGUGCGCCAAUGAUGCAUGUUGGUGA